AUGGCAGCUUUACUCCUUAAUCGCUCUUUCUUCUGCUACCUCUUCCUUUUCCUCUUUUGUCUUCCACCUAUAAACACACUCUCCACUGUUUCCAUUUCUCAACCUUCCAAUUCCAACAACCAAACAUUUAUUUGUGUCUUGCAAGGUCCAAAUCAACAAGGACAAUCAAAUCUCAACUGUACCACCUUUCCUCGGUCUCAGACUCAGGCUAUUAGACUUGAUGCGAAUCCAAAUGUUUCCUACUCUCAGAUUGUGGGCGGCAACGGGUUUGUGUGCGCUUUAGGGCCAUCAUCUUCUUCUAUCUCCGUGAUGGGCUGUUGGAGAUUUUCUGCCAAUGCUACCAAUGUUCCCUAUAGACGCAUCUACAAUGGACCCCUUCUCCAAGAUAUUGACAGUAGCAACUCCCACGUUUGCGGUCUUGUAAAUAAUGACAGUAGCCUUCAGCUUCAGUGCUGGCAAUGGCAUGACUUCAAUUCGAGCAGUGGGAGUGUGAGGAACAUGUCAAUGUCGAGCAUUGCCGUGGGAGAGAAUUUUGUGUGUGGAUUAUCGCCGAGGGGGGAUGUAAAUUGUACGGGCACGGGGAGGGUUAAUAGUAGCAGAGUUGUUGUUGGUGUCCCUGCGCCUGGUGGGAAUUACACUUUUCUCGCAGCUGGGUUUAGGCAUGCCUGUGUCCUCUCCAGGAAUGGUAGUUUGCUUUGCUGGGGAGACAUGGAGGGUGAGACACCCCAAGGGAGGUUCGUUUCUUUGGCGUUGGGAGAGAACCGGAGCUGUGCACUUGGGCACGACAGAAGAGUUGUCUGUUGGGGGUCCAAUAAUUUCAUCAUCCCACACACUUUGCGAGACACUUUUUUUGAGUCAAUUGUGGCAAAACAAAGUGUUUUCUGCGGAGUCGUGUCUGCCAAUUAUUCUUUGCUCUGUUGGGGUUCUCAAUUUUUUGAGUCAGACAGCAAGGUGUUUGACGAUGUUCUCCCAGGACCUUGUAGGAACCAGUGCCCGUGUGGGCCCUUGCCCGACUCUGCCAAACUAUGUCACUCUCCUGCCGUAAUUUGCCAACCCUGUUCCCCUGAAGUGGUUCAAUCUUCAUCUCCACCUCCACCACCAUCAUCAAACCACACUGGUUGGAGCAGACAAAUGGUCGCAUUCCUAGUUGUUGGUUGUGUGGGUUGCAGUUCCCUGUUGCUAGUCAUGGCUUUCUUCCUUCACAGGUAUUGCAACUCUAAACGCGGAGGAAGCCGUGUCCAUGACUCUGGCCGGUUGGACGGGUCAUCCCACUCUCAAUCACAGCCUCAAGCUGAAGCUGGAUCCCGGGUUCUUCAGAAGCGUUUGAGCCACGUGAUCAGCAUGGGAAAUGGGAGCCCGUUGGAGGAGUUUUCCCUCGACACACUGCUUCGAAUCACCAACAGCUUCUGCGAGGACAACAGAAUUGGGAUUGGCAGCUUCGGUUCGGUGUAUCAUGCGAUUUUGGAGGACGGGAAGGAGGUGGCUAUAAAAAGAGCCGAAGCCUCAUCCUCCACCUACACUGUCUUGGGUGCCCAGUUGGACAAAGACAAUGCGUUCGUGAACGAGCUUGAAUCUCUGUCCAGACUCCACCACAAGAACCUGGUCCGCUUGGUGGGGUUCUAUGAAGACACUAAAGAACGCAUUUUGGUGUACGAGUACAUGGACAAUGGGAGCCUGAGUGACCAUCUCCACAAGCUCCAAACUUCAGCUCUCAUGUCAUGGCCGGUGCGCAUCAAGGUGGCUCUGGAUGCUGCCAGAGGCGUGGAGUACUUGCACCAAUACGCCACUCCACCAGUCAUCCACCGUGACAUCAAGUCUGCCAACAUAUUAUUGGAUGCCAAGUGGACUGCCAAGGUCUCUGAUUUUGGACUCUCCCUAAUGGGACCUGACCCUGAAGAUGAGGAGGCCCACCUUUCACUUCUGGCCGCUGGCACUGUUGGCUACAUGGACCCUGAAUACUACAGGCUUCAACAUUUGACCCCCAAGAGUGACGUCUACAGCUUCGGCGUGGUUUUGCUAGAGUUGCUCUCUGGCUACAAGGCCAUUCAUAAAAACGAGAAUGGGGUGCCAAGAAAUGUGGUUGAUUUUGUGGUUCCAUUCAUUGUUCAAGAUGAGAUUCACAGAGUGUUGGACAAAAGAGUGCCCCCUCCCACGCCUUUUGAGAUAGAGGCCGUGGCGUUUGUGGGUUAUUUGGCAGCAGAUUGCGUCAGGCUGGAAGGUCGAGACAGACCAACCAUGUCCCAAGUUGUAAAUAACUUGGAAAGAGCAUUGGCUGCAUGUUUAGCCCAACCAAUACUCUCCAGGUCCACCACUCACUCUUCUCAAUAG